UCCCCUUCCCUUUAUAAUAAGCCCCCCUCUUCACUCUCACUCCAACUCAUUCACCAUUCAGCUCAUCAUACAAACAGCUUCUCCAAAAUCUUAACUCUAUCUCCCCCUCUUCCUGCUUCGAGUUCAGAUCACAUGGCUCUGGAAGCUGUCAAGUCACCCACCGCCGCUACUCCCCCCUUCCCUUUCGAAUUGGACUCUAAUCUUCAUUCCUUGGAAUCGUGGACUAAGCGCAAGCGUUCCAGGCGUCCUCGUCUUGACCAUCCUUCCUCAUGCAGCACGGAGGAAGAGUAUCUCGCUCUCUGCCUCAUCAUGCUGGCUCGCAGCGGCCCCGCCGUCUCCCCCACCAAUCCCACCUCAUCCGACCGUCAUAGCUCCCCUCAGGAUAAUCUUCCUCCUGCUGUAUCCGGAUCGGCACCGCUGUCCGCACCAGAUCCAACCCCCGCCCCCAAGCUUAGUUACAAAUGCUCUGUUUGCGACAGAGCUUUCUCCUCUUACCAGGCUCUUGGAGGACACAAGGCCAGUCACAGAAAACUCACUGCGGGCGGCGGUCAUGGGGAAGAUCAGUCCACCUCCUCCGCCGUCACGAGUACAUCUGCAAACACCACGGCAACUGCAUCCAACCCAGGGGGCAAGUCCCAUGAAUGUUCUAUAUGCCACAAGUCCUUCCCCACCGGACAGGCCCUCGGAGGUCACAAGCGAUGUCACUACGACGGCGGUGCUGCUGCCGCUGGCGGCGGUAGCAGCGCUGUCACUGCCUCGGAAGGAGUGGGAUCCACCCAUACCGUUAGCCACAGCCAACGUGACUUCGACCUGAACCUUCCCGCUUUGCCUGACUUUUCGGCCAGGUUCUUCUCGCCCGGGGACGACGAAGUGGAGAGCCCUCUGCCAGUUAAAAAGCCGCGUCUUUUGGUGGCACCCAAAAUUGAAGAAGAUCACUGAAUUGCCACGAUUCAUAUGUGUUGGUCAGAAUUAGAUCACUAGGAAUUUAGAUCAAAUUGAAUCAAAUUCUUCGUUUGUUAUUUCAAUUUUUCAUUUGUUGGGGCAUUUCGGGAUUCAUUUGUUUCUGUACAUACAGUAACGGAUCCUAUUCGCUGGUUUGGAUUCUGUAGUUUGACAGUGGAAAUUCAAUUUAUUUAUUUUAAUGGGAAUUCAAAUUCAUUUUA